AUAGGACGAGAUACAGACAGCGGAAAGUGGGUGCACUGGUUACGCCUCUGCCUAACCCUUCGGGGAUAAAAAGUGUGUGCGACAAGUCGCUUGCCUGUGAACACAGACAGUAGUACGCCUCAUUGAUCUUUAUUGCAAACCGUUACUUGUAUGGCAAUUUUCUCAUAAAGAUAUCAGAAUUAGGACUAAAAUAUUCAUAAUUGCUCGUAAUCACGCCGGCUGCAGUGGCCUCAAAAUUUGAAUUCUAUACUGCUACCUGACAGUGAUAGACUAAGCAUGCUACUACUCAGACAGCCUAUUAAAAAAAAACUUUAUUUUCGUAGGACUUGGAAAGACCAAAGGUUAAAGAAGGAAGGUUAGUUGCGCCGCUGCAUACCCCAUUCGGGUAUAAAAUGCGUGAACGUAUUUGUAUAUUUCGUAACAAACAAAAAAUAAUUAUGUACAUACAACAAAACAAUAAAAAAUGAGUACGACAAUUUUUUUAAAACGUUGAUUCCCGCUUUCUAGGUAUUGCACUAAAUGAUUGAGUCAAAGCAACAUAGUGAAUAAUUUCUCCAGCAUUGUAUACGGUCUUGUCCGAAGUUGGCCACUUCCUAUAAAAUAAACAUAUUGCUUAUUUUUCAUUCUCGAAAAAAAUAAGUAGUCUUGUAAAGAAAAAAAAUAAAUUCGAGCAAGAGGGACAAACAAAAUAUAUCAGUUUUUGAUUCAGCACUAUAAAUUACGUUGCUGAGUAGAAUGUUUAGAUACACAAUCAUACUUCCGCCAUCUCAUUCUUUAAUUACGUAUCAAAGUUGAUAUUCUAAUUUUGAAAGGAUUUUAAAAGAAAAAUAGUAUCUGGCAGUACAAAUUUAUCAACUUAAAGUGCUAGCAACAUCUUAUUUAUUUAAACUAUAUUAUCAAUCACAUUAAUAUUAUCAAAAAUCUCUGCAUAUAAAAAGAAUUAACACUUUUUCUAGAUAAUUCUUUACCUCUUAUAGCAAUCAGUGCGAGUAUAUUUUAUACUAUGUACGUGUUAGGUGUAAUACUCUGCCUAGCAGUGACAAGUCAGGCUGAACCAGAAAAUGAUCUGAACGGAAAAGUCGCAGUAGUCACUGGAGGAGCAAAAGGAAUCGGGUAUGCUAUCGCUGACAAUUAUCUGAAAAAUGGGGCAAAGGCUGUAGUGGUCGUCGACAAAAAACUACCAGAAGGUUUAAACGCUGAGGAAAACCUUAAAUUCUUAUACGGUGAGGACAAGGUGUUUUUUAUUCAUGGAGAUGUUACUACUGACUUAGAUAAAGUUUGGCACAUAAUCUUCAAAAAAUUCGACUACGUAGACAUCCUAGUGAACAACGCAGGAAUACUCGACGAGAGUGAUCCGGUUGGAACGAUUUAUACUAAUACUCUGGCUCCGAUGUUGUGGUCAGAGAAAUUCUUUGAAUUCAUGAGAAAGGACAAAGGUGGAAAAGGAGGAACCAUAAUGAACGUAGCUUCAGUAGUCAGUUACUUCAGAAACCCAUUCUUUUGGUACUAUAAAACUUCCAAGUUUGCCUUACUUGGCCAUACCUUGGGCUUGGGCCAUGAAUUUAACUACCAAAAAAGCGGAGUGAGGGUCUAUGCUAUAAGCCCUGGGUUCACGUACACAGACAUGACUGACCAACAAAUGGUAAUUGAUGAACAAUUGGAUGUAUUUACAAAGUUCAGAGAGGUCUUACCGUGGCAGACUGCCGAUGUGGUAGGACAGGCUUCCGUGACCUUGUACAAGACUGGAAAGACCGGGGUGGGGUACACUAUUGAAGGAGGGGAAUUAUCUGUGUCUCCUUACAGUUUGAUGAUUACUGCUGACGAAUUACAUAAUCUUUAGAUGACAGUGUUUAAAAAAAAUCGGAUUUUGUAAAUAAAUAUAAAUGGAUUAUUGAGAUUA